ACUGAGAGGCGCACUGCCGAAGCUGGGGGAGCGCUAAUCGAGGGGCGUGAACACAUCGAAGUAGGCCACGCACCCUCGCCCCUAGGUUUACUUCCAGGCGGCGCAGCCUGUACCGCGAGCCACGCGCUCCUCUGUUCGCAUUUCAUUUUUCCCCGAUAGUACAUUCAGUGCAACGGCACUUGUAGGAACCUGGCCAAUUCCCUCAAAGGAAAAAUGCAUUGCCACUCCUCGCACUGGGCCUUUUUCGGAGAUCUUGAAUCCUCGCACCAUAUUUGAUAGAGACAGGGUUCUGGCUGCUCGGUGGAAGGUGCAAGGUCAUGCUCGGCUAUUUGCUGUUGAUUCAGGUAACUGGGCUUGUGGCAGGCUGUUUUGUUUGGCUCUAUUCAUGGCCUUUAUACCUCAAAAUGUUGAAUGCAUCCGCCACUGGGUGCCGCGAUUAUUUGACAGAACAAAAAGGCCCAUUGGACGAGGCGCCUAGGAAAGUUGUCAGAAGUUGUGUCGUCUUUGGCCCACCAAACCUACUUUGGGCCAGAUUGAGAUAGGAGUCACCCCACUCACCUUGCUCGCUCUUUGGAGCGUCGUCGCUGCAUUCACUUUUUUUCGCCGGCUUUUUCCUCCGCACGACGUCGUUCGUCGCGCCCUUAUCCUCGGCGCCGCUCGACUCGCCAUCACAUUUGCCCGUCGGCUUCUCGUCGGCGUCGUCGUGUUCGUGAGCGUGGCCGUCGUCGUGCUCGUGGGCCUGGCCGUGACUGUGCCCGUGGCCACCCUUGAUCAUGCGCACGAACUUCUCGACCAUCAGGAACGCCAGGAUGCCGGCGAGAACCCAGAGCCCCACGCUCAUGUCAUGGGGGCCGUGAGCGUGGCCUUCGUGAGCGUGGUCGUCGUGAGCGUGGCUGCGGGCUGCGUGGUCCUCGUCGCCGUGCGGCAUCAGGGCGUGCGGGAUGAGGUGGAGGAACGCGUCGCCCAGCAGUCCGCCCGAAGCGAAGCUGAGCAGCACCUUGAGCAGCGACUCGUGGCCCGACCGGCUGUCGAUCGGGAUAAAGAAGAGGAUCACGAACGGCGCGAUGCUGAUGAGCAGCGUUGACCCUAGGGCACGGGCCCACAGCUCAUGGUGAAAAAACGCUUCGCCAUCACAUAUCCCGGGCACGAAGAGCCGAGCAGCAACAACAAAAGACGGCACCGCACCGACGGGUCAGACGUCGGGAACGGGGUCGGAGGCCGGCUGCGGAAUGGUCGCCGGCCGGCAGGAACCGGUGGCAGGAGGCUCUCCGAGGCUGGCCGCUGGAGACCAGUGGAGGGCUCCAUCUCGGCGGCCUGGUUCCUCUUGCAGACGUGCGUGUUUGUCUGCUGCCUCUUCUUCGUUUUCCUCUUCCUCAACCCGGAGUGCCUCGACACCCCGCGUCUGGAUUUGGACGGCCUCGGCAAGGCCCUGCGGCAGCGCAUCAUAGGACAGGAUGUCGCCCUCAACCGGGUGGUCGGCGCGAUAUCGCGCUACUUGGACGCCGGUAACUUUUCGUCUCCGCUCGUGCUCGUGUUUGUCGGCUGCUCAGGUUGCGGCAAGACCUACGCCGUCUCCAUUGUCGCCAAGCAGUACGAGUUCGCCGAGACGAUCGUCGCGUCCCACCGAAUCGCCCUCACCCGGAAGUUGAGGGACGACCUCGGGCACUGGCUGCGACGCACCGUGUCGUCGUGGCGACCCAACUUGAUCGCUGUCGACGACUUUGACCUCGAAGACGACUCUAUGCGACGGCAGCUGCAGGCAGCGUUCGCGUCGUGGGACCGGCUCGAGAUAACCGCAGAGCAGCCGACGGUCUUCAUUCUCGUCGUGACCAACGGCGCGGACAUCGCCGAGGGCUUUGCGCUGCGGAUGCUUGCGGACGAUCGUCCGACAAACGGCAGUCGCGACGUCGCGAUGCUCGUGAGCGCCUACCGGGACGUCUUGCCCCGCUGGAUGCGGGACUUCGAGGUCGUGCCUUUUCUUCCCAUGACCAGGGACGACGUCAAGGAGUGUUUCAGGCGAGAACUGUCGCAAAUGAAAGCUGGGAUCGAGGUACCGGACGACAAGCUGGAACGGUUGAUGGAAGAAAUUGCUUUCUAUCCUCCAGAGAGCUUGGCCUUUUCGGAGUCCGGCUGUAAAGAAGUUCCCAUAAAAUUGGCGUUGAAUUUUCCCUGAGUGCGGAGGUCCGGACGCUGCGCUGGCUUAGAAUGCGUAUAUUCUUGUUCCGAGAAUGCAUCGACACUGCGGACAAAGGGAUGUUGGGGUCUUUCAAUGCUAAAUGUAACAGGAGUCACUUACUAUUUAUUUUUCUGCGACUACAGUGCAAUCCACUUAUAAUGAUAACGAAAAAACCAGAAAAUUCAAUUGUUAUAACCGAUUAUCGAGUCUAGAAGCUCUAGAAACUGAUAGUUAUAAGCACCACAUCAUUUUAUAUGUUAUCGUUAUAAGUGGAUUGCACUGUGUGCGAGUUUCAGUGAUAUUUUUGCUGGACUGUUUUAGGACAAGUUCCUUAUACGCUUGUCACGUGGCAAAAUCUCCUGUCAUUUUCACAGAAUGACACGAUGCAGUCUGCGAACUCUCACCAUGAGCGUCAUGUGUGCCCUGUGCUAGGGGUGACGAGUGCCCGUAGUAUGAUCAAAGAAUAUCAUUCGAUGGAAGUGACAUUAAAUUUUACUGUGUGGCGAGGUUAUUAUCUUGAGUUAUUUUAUGUCUUUCUUUUUAUAGUUGGUACAAUGUACAUAAUGUUCAAGAAGUAUGUUUCCUUGUAGCAAACAUUGCUUCGAUGAAUUUUCCGAGUGAAUAUUUUGUUUAUGAACAGCACUAACAACUGUGUAAAACUAGAAUAAACGCCAUCAUUUCGGCCAAACAUUCAA